AAAAAAUAAAAAAAUCAGUUUAACUCUAUUGAAAAUGAAACAGAGGAAUAAUAAUUUAAAUAUUAAAUAGAUAAAAAAAUACAGAUGAAAAUAAUAGAAGAAAUUAAAAAAAUAAAAUAAACCCACCAUAUGGACAGCAAUUCGAAGAUGGCUCCUUUGUUUCCAUCUCCUCCAGAGCGCCCCGUCGAUUCAGCGCUCCUCCUCCUCUCCACCACACCUCCUUCUCUAUCUCCUCUCAAUGCCGAGACAUCAAAGGACAAAAAGAACAGUGAAGAGGGCUUGAGCGUGGCUUCUAUUGGAUCAAAAUCAUCCUCUUCGUAUCUCACCAGUGAAACUAGCUGAGCUUUGUGGCCGUUGAAACUAGCUGCCAUGAACUCAUGAAACUCAAGGUCGUGGCAUUGUCUGCAUGUAAUUUCUACUACUCGUUGCUUAUUAAUCUAGUUGCUGAUUUAGUUCAAAUUUGAUGAAUAUCUCAACGAACUGAGUGAUCUAAGCUUUAAAUUUAGAAAUAAUCUAAUUGGAUUUGU